AUGGCUAGUCAACAGCAAAUCAAUCCAAAGAAGCAGCAAGAGCUUCAAACCCAGUACACCACCUACAAGAACACCCUCCAACAGCUUGCCCAGAAGAUCGGAGAUAUUGAAACGGAGGCUGAGGAGCACAAACUCGUGAUCGAUACCUUAGAACCCCUGCCUCAAGACCGGACAUGCUUUCGGAUGGUGAACGGAGUUUUAGUUGAGCGAACAGUCAGCGAUGUUUUACCUACGUUGAAAACAAAUUCAGAUGGUUUGAAGCAGGUGUUGGAGGAAUUGCUGAAGUCGUACAAGUUGAAGCAGACGGAGAUGGACAGUUGGAAGAAAAAGAAUAACAUUCAGGUUGUACAACCAUAA